AUGGAACAAUUAAUAGAAUGUGUACGCGAGAAUAAAGUUCUUUAUGAUACGGAGGAUAAAGACUAUAUGAGAAGUAAAUUAAAAAAUGAAAUAUGGGACAAAAUUGCAGUUGAAUUAAACUAUUCAAAUGGUCAAAUUGUAAAAGAGUUGUGGCGAAAACUAAGAGACUGUCAUCGUGAUGCUUUGCGGCGACAAAAAAAGUCUAAAAGUGGGGACAAGGCUAAAAACAUAAAGCUGUGGACAUAUCAAAAACAAAUGGAAUUUCUUAUUCCAUACAUGGCAAAUAGGAGUACAACUGGAAACAUAGAAAGUAACCAACAAGAUGAGGCUGGAAAUCUUACUGACAAUGACGACAUUCUGUCGCCUUCUGUGGAAACUGCAGAAGGCGCAGAAAAUGAAGGUGAGACAGGACAGGAGAGAGCAGAACAUGUCCAUCGGUCAUCAAGAGAUUUACCGCAGAUUGCUGUACCCAGCAAAUCGAAGAUAUCAUAUGGAAAUAAAAAACGUAUGGAUAAUUUAGUGCAGCAAACUUUAGAACAGCAUGCCAUUCGCAGAAGACAAAGAGAGGAAGAGCGGAAGCGAGAGGCAGACGAGAAUCCAGACGGUUUGUAUCAGUUCUUUCUUUCAAUGUAUCAUGAUACUCUGCAAAUGCCAAAGGCAUCACAGUUAAGAAUAAAGGGAAAGCUAUUUGAAGCAGUCCAAGUUGAAGAAGAUCUAUCCGUGUCCUUGGAAUCUGAAGCGGCACAACGGAAUGCCAGUAGUGUCGAAAUAAACAGUCCUGCAACUAGUCGUUGCUCAGCAUACGAGCAUGAACUACCAGCAAUAACGCAUGAAAUAUCACAGCAAUCCUUCCAUCUGCAAAGAGCAACAGAUCCACCAUCGCAACAAUCCUUCCAUCAGCUAUCAGCACCACCACGAUCACAAUAUUCAGGCAGUAUGUCUUUAAGAAAUUAUAUUGAAACUUAUGAUAAUGAUAAUACUACCUAAUAUUUAAC